UACUUGUUUAGUGUCUUUAUUUGAGUUGAGUUUUGUGAACGAUGGAGGUUGAACUUGAUUGCGAGGUGAUUAUAUCAGAAGUAGAGAAAUACUCCAUUUUAUACAACAAAUGUGAAGAAAACUACAAAAACAGAAAUGCUAGAGUUGAAGCCUGGAAAAAUGUUACUGCAGGGAUUGUUGGCGAAGACAGAUUCGAGGAAUUGGAUGAAGAAAAACUCGAUGAAAUAGGUAAAGAAAUACAGAAAAAAUGGAAAGCUUUGAGAGAUGCAUACUUUAGAUCUUUGAAGACACAGACUUUAAAAAGUGGACGUGGGGCGAGCAAAAGACGACCUUAUCCAUAUCAACAACAAAUGUCAUUCCUACAACCUGUGAUAGCAAAUCGACAAACUUCAGAUAAUAUGGUUGUCGAAGAAGAAGAUGUAAAUGCUUUAGAAGUCGAAUGCCAGACCGAAGAUUCUGCACCUCCAGUUUUCAAAAAACCUAAAAGUAAGCCUAAAAAGGAAGAUUCUGAAUCCCAGCUGUUUGAUAUUCUCGAAGUUGCACAUUCAUCUAAUCCAACCCCUGGAUCUUCUGAUGACGAUGACAACAAACUUUUCCUUUUAUCUAUCUUGCCAAAAAUGAGACAAUUAAGUGACGAUGUCUCAUUUGAAUUCAGAAUCAAAGUAAUGCAAUGUCUGCAGGAAUGCUACACCAAGAGUAAAAUGUUGGAAAACGAAGAGCCAAAUUUUAGAGACGCGGGAGAACAUUCAACGUCCACUCCAGAGUUCCAAAAUCAAUAUGAUGAGCAAAGGCCAAAGGGACAUUUUCUUACACGGUCAAAACAACACUAGUGCAGCAAGUACCGUUUAACAGCUACAUAAUUGUGCCGAAGAUACAUAU